UGAACUACUCUGUGUACAUGUGCAAGCGGAAAUUUUUCCGAUUUAUCAAGCGAAUAUAAUGACUUGCAUUCACAUGAAAGUCAUGUUUAUAUAGUACACUAGUAAACGAACACAUAAAAUAGAUCCAGUUUCUUUAAUAAUUGUAAGGUAGUGCAGGACGUUAUCAGUGGUGACAUAGAUAACAGUGGUGGUGUCAUUACCCGUUUGUCACUUUAGUCUGUUCACUUACAUUUCUCAAACUCGGAUUACAUGAUGACAGAGGCCCGGUUGGAAUAUAAUUACCUCGGUAAUUCGGGGGUGCGGGUCUCGAACCUGUGUCUUGGCACGAUGACCUUUGGCAAGACUGCAACAGGAACCGGCGUGUCCCCGACCCAGGCUGACGAGGAGUUGUCAUUUAAGAUCAUGGACCGGUUCGCCGAGAUGGGCGGAAACUUCCUCGACACCGCCAACGUGUACGGCUUGGGCCUCUCGGAAACUAUCGUCGGCAAAUGGCUCGCUAAACACGAGCGGAAGCUGUUCGUAUUAGCGACGAAGGUCCGGGGGACGAUGGACAAGGACAAUGUGAACGCCGUGGGGCUGAGCAGAAGGCAUAUCGUGGAAAGCUGUGAGGAGAGCCUGGCACGCCUCCAGACCCCGUACAUCGAUCUGUACCAGUCUCACGUCUGGGACAAUGCAACCAACCUGGACGAGACGUUACGUACGUUCGACGACUUGAUACGGUGCGGAAAGGUGCGCUACUUCGGGGCAAGUAACGUGUGUGGCUGGCAGCUGCAGAAGAUCGUGGACAGGAUAGACGCCAUGGGCCUCAACAAGUGCGUGUCCCUGCAGCAACAAUACAACUUGCUGUGUCGCCAAUCCGAGUUUGAGGAGUUCAUGGUGUGUGAGAACGAGGGGAUCGGCAUCCUACCCUGGAGUCCACUCAAGGGUGGGAUGCUGACGGGAAAAUUUAAGCGUGACUCGAAGCCGGACCCGACCGGAAGCAGGAUCGGGUUCGUUCACACGGACGAGGCGAAGGCGAUGCAGUCGGCGCCGGCCUGGAGCAAGCUAAACGGCGAUGAGGGCUUCUGGGCGCUUAUUGAUGUUAUGGAGGCGGCCGCCAAAAACCAUGGUCAGACUGUACCGCGGGUCGCACUGCGCUGGCUGCUGCAGAAGCCGCGGGUGUCUUCCGUCAUCAUCGGCGCCACUUCCGUCGCCCAGCUGGAGGACAAUGUGGCGGCAAGUAAGGGCUGGAGCCUAACGGAGGAGGAGAUGAGUCAGCUGGACGCAGUUAGCCCGCGUGUUACCUUAUAUCCAUACGAGAUGAUCUGGCGGAUCAAUGGCCCCCGAAACAACCCAUUCGCCCGUUCCUCCCAGCCCUGAUCUCACAAUUCAGGAAAACACAUUCGGUCGGACCCUGUACGGGCAAGAUGGACAUCACGAAGGCUCUAAGCCUUGUGUGCUUGUGAUCCAUUAAUAAGAAUCAGUUGCAAUGUAAAUAAUAAUUUAUAGAAAUAAAUUGAAAUAUUCGUAUAA